GUAGGGUUGUUAAUUCACUCGUACGCCAUAUUUACUCCCUCUUCCACAUCCUCCGCACCAACAACCUCUCACAAAAUGCAUUUACUCGAAUCGCUAGCUUCAUUUCUCGCGGCAUCAACGGUUGCGGAUAUGAGUUCGUCAUCUAACCUCCCGAAACCGUUAUCCAGAUUCCUUGCCGCCGGUAGUGGCGCCUAUGGUCCGCCAAUGUGGGAAAGAGUGGGAGAAGUAACCGACAAUAUCCGCAAUGGUGCAGCAGCGUACGGCCCACCAAUGCUGGAGAAAUUGGGUGAGGUAACCAACAAUGUUCGCGAUGGUGCAGCAGCUUACAGCCCACCAAUGUUGAAGAGAUUGGAUGAGGUAACCAACAAUGUUCGCGAUGGUGCAGCAGCUUACAGCCCGCCAAUGUUGGAAAAGUUGGGUGAGGUAGCCAACAACGUCCGCCAUGGUGCAGCAGCGCCAGUGUGGGAGAAAAUAGAAGAGGCAACCCACAAUGUCCAUAAUCAUGCAGCAGCUUACGGACCACCAAUGCUGGAGAGAUUGGGUGAGGUAACCGACAAUGUCCGCAAUGUUGCAGCAGCGUACGGCCCGCCAGUGUGGGAGAAACUAGGAGAAGUAACCCACAGCGUCCGCAAUGGUGUAGCAACUCACGGCCCACAAGCGUGGGGAAAAGCAGAAAAAGUAACCCGCAAUGCUGCUCAGUGGAGUGUUAAGAACCCCGGUUCAGCUGUUUGCGCGGUUGCUGGAGUUGGGGGUGCUAUGGCUGUUGUUGCUCCAGGCAUAGUAUCUGCGCCGAUUCUAUCUUCAGCAGGGUUUGCUGCUACUGGAGUCAAGGGUGGCUCGGCCGCUGCUGCCAUACACGGUACCAUUGGGAACGUCGGAGUUAAUAGCUUGUUUUCGCUUCUUCAGAGUGCUGGAGCCAGUGGCCCUGGGCUCGCCGUUGUGAAUGGAGUUGUACAGGCUGGUGGUGCUGUCGCAGUGGGUGCUAGUGGUGGAGUGGCAUGGGUAAAGUCGAUGUUUUGAUUGAGGACAGUGGGAUUGGGUAUAGUGAGGUGCGUUUAAAUGGGUGCUAAGGAGUCGUGAGCAAUUUGCACAACCAGGUUAGAAUGAGUCCUAACCCUGCCGCAACCGAUCAAAUGGAAUGGCUUGGGUUUGUAUCAUUUGCGAAUCAGAGACAACUACAACGCGCCUGGCUUAAGGUGACAAGAUGUAGCAUUCCAAAGGCAUGUACUA